UGUAUGAACAAUAGAAAAAAAAUUCAAGGCAAUGACUUGCAAUUUUUGUGAUUUUUCAAGAAACGCAUCGAGUAUUUCUCGUAUUUUCAGUCGUAAUUUGUGGACAAGCUAACAUUUAAAAUGCCUCUCGAGUCAAAACGCGAAAGAAAAAUGUCAUUGGCUCCAUUGUCGCCGUGUCCAAUUCCCGAAAUCAGUGACGAUGAAUUGGUGUCGAUUUCAGUGCGCGAUUUGAAUCGCACACUGAAAUUGCGUGGUUUGAACCGUUCGCAAAUCGUUCGUAUGAAACAAAGACGUCGCACAUUGAAGAACAGGGGCUACGCAGCCAGUUGCCGUAUCAAGCGCAUCGAACAAAAAGACGAUCUUGAAACGAAAAAAUCAUACGAAUGGCAAAACCUGGAAACGAUGCAGAACCGUAACGUGGAUUUGCGCGAAGAAAGUGUGAGCUGGCGUCUAAAAUACGAAGCACUGAAGAAGUUCGCCAUUGAAAACAAAAUCCCAAUCCCACCUGAACUGGAAAAUCCAUAGGCAGAAACGAACAUUGGCGCCGAUUUUCUGCAUUUACCUCAUACGUUCGUCUUUUAUUCAGGAGUAGUAGAUUAAGUUUGAUUUCAGUGAUACAACACAAAUGGGUACAAUAGACACUUACGUUUUUUUCCUUUGACUUUUGUUUCCAUGCAAAAAAUCACCAUUUUUAUCCUUAUGAUUAAUGUACGUACACAUUUGCACACUUGUUAUUUUUUUCCAGAAUAAAUAAAAAAAAAUUAUACAUUUUACAAGCUGAAAAA